AUGCUGUCCAAUCCAUCAGGACUUCACGCUCGACAAAAGCAGCAUCGACGUCAAAACUCGACGCCGACUGCUUUCGAGGGUGUCAAGAUCCCCAAUCUGCCAACUACACAACGACAAUCCGCACACCGACGCGGCCUCAGUCUCGAUAUUCGAAGACAACAAAGCUCAAGCACAGCAUCUCCCACAACAACAAGGCAGAAGUACAUGGUAAGUACGAAUACUAACAGCACAGGAUUAGCCAAUCAUCCGCAGCAUAACGUACUGCGAGAAGCGCAGCAGCAACGCAUACAAGCACGCCCGGGCACACAGAACCCUUACGCCAACUUGGCAUCUAGUGGCAGUGAAAACUAUCUCAUGUCUCCUCACGGAACUCCUCAGACGCAAAGAUUCGACCCGUCCUGCUUUGACCCAAACUCACUUCCCUUUGACCCCUACACCGCAGAUCUUAAUGUGAUGAUGAGCAAAGGACAACAAGCUGGCUACGGCGACAACCUGUCGGGAGGUAAGGAAUUUGAUCUUUUUAACACUAACAGUGCUCUAUCCACACCGACCUUUAUCGAAUUCCCCUCUGAGGCUUCCUCCGCCCAAGGUUGGGCUUCUGAAGGUGACACCUCCAGCACAAGGAGGACCUCGAGGAGGAUAAGCGGAGGUAUCCAAGACCGCGUCAACAAGUUCGAGAACUUGGACUCAACGAGACCAGCGACUCCCCCCAACCAAAACCAGAACCAAAACCAGAACCAAAACCAAAGCCAGGGCCAGAAGCAGAACACACAAAGUCAGUCCUUCGACUGGACGAUGCCACUGCCCACCACGACUAACCAGGUGAAAGGCUACUUUCCCCCUACGCCAAUGGAGACCCCCCAUGAUCGCUUGACCAAGGGCGAGCCCAUGCUAAGUCGGUUUGCUGAGGGCUACGACGAGUCUAUGGAGGAGACCAUCAAGCCUGUGAGGAACCGUGGAGGCAACCGAAGGGCCCAGAACAUCUUCCAGGAAAUCAGACAACAGUCUGAGGAGGACAUGUCUAGCCAAGUUGCAACAGACUCUUCUGCCCAGUCAUCCUUCCAUGGAAUGCCAAUGUCGACACCCGACUACAUGAACAUGAACAACUUCAAUAAUGAGUUCAUGAAGAUCGAGAACGACUUCAGUGGCCAAGACAUGCACGGUCUCGACAUGAGCCACCAAUUGCCUCAACACUCUACCCCCGACACUCCCCAGAUGACACAAUUUAUGGGCUCUUUUGAUAACAAGCCCAGCCUCCGACCUUACCCUAUGAGCGCUCAAUCCAUCUCUGAUACACCACAGACACCUUCUAGCCGCCACUCUGCUCACCGUCGAACCGAAUCUGUUGCUAGCAUCGCCAGUGCCGCCAGCAUUGCCAGCAUCAACAUUGAGGAGACCAAGACGGAGACCGGUGUCACUCAGGAUGAGAUCGCUCAGUUCAUCAGUGGCCCUGACGCUGGUGACGGCAAGUGGACAUGCACAUACGAGGACUGUGGAAAGAAGUUCGGCCGUAAGGAGAACAUCAAGUCGCACGUCCAGACUCACCUCAACGACCGUCAAUACCAGUGCCCCACGUGUAAGAAGUGCUUUGUCCGUCAACACGACCUUAAGCGACACGCCAAGAUCCACACUGGUAUCAAGCCUUACCCCUGCGAAUGUGGUAACAGCUUUGCUCGCCAUGAUGCUCUCACCCGACACCGUCAAAGAGGCAUGUGCAUCGGCGCUUUCGACAAUGUUGUGCGCAAGGUUGUCAAGCGAGGAAGACCUCCUAAGAAGACCCGUCCUGAUAUGGAGACUCGCAUGGACAAGUCUGCGAGAACGCGCAAGAAGAACAUGUCCAUCAGCUCAAUGUCAUCUUUCUCUGCAUGCUCGGACAGCUCAGCUGUCAACUCACCGGAUCAUUUCAUGCUCGAUGACAUGAUGGACAUGGGCAUGACUUCGCAGGGCCAAAACCUUGCCGCGGUCUCUUCAGCACCCAUGACCGGUCUCACUGCUGCAGCUCUUCAGGAAUAUGCCUCUUCUCCCUCCACUGGUAGCGUUCACUCUUACGUCUCCCCUGAAGCCAUCAUGGACGGCACUCCCAUGCACGUUGCAUCACCCGCCAAGAGCGCCGCAAGUCAAUACAACACCCCCCCUGAACUGUCACAAUCAUCUUCUCCCCCAGCUACACACUUCUUCGAGGUCGAGCACAACAACUCAAUCAACACCGAUGACCUGACUGCCCUCCCCGGAACAACGACUUAUGUGACUUCGGCCACCAUGGCUGCUACUCUUCCUUUGGGAAUGAGCACCGCAGAUGAUGACAUCCUCCUGCAGUACGCUACCAGCAACAGCUUUAUUCAGCUGGGUCGCGAAUCCGACAUGCUCAGCAUGGGCAAGAUUGACGACUACGACAACGGUAUCUUUGAUAACGACGUCUUCUUUGGCAACUAA